AUGGCGAAAGAACGCACUGAGAAGUCCGGCAUCAUUGUCGGCUUGAACAAGGGCCAUACGGCGAGGAGGAGGAUGGUGACGAGAAGGAGGCCGAACUCGACAUUUCCCCUUUCAACCCAGAUCAAUGCCAGCAUCCGCAAACAAGCAAGGAUACUAAUAUGUCAUUUUUUCCCUCUCACACAGAAAGUCACACCCAUCACCAACAAGCCUCGGAUCUCCCGGCGCAAGGGCGCCCUCAGCAAGCGCACCGCCUUCGUCCGCGAAAUCGUCAAGGAAGUCGCCGGCCUGGCACCGUACGAGCGACGUGUCAUUGAAUUGUUGAGGAACAGCAAGGACAAGCGUGCGAGAAAGUUGGCCAAGAAGCGGAAGUCUUUCUGUGGAGAUUACACGUCCUGGAAUCCCAGCCUUGCGCUGCGAGUUUUCCUGUUCACACUGUUACUGUUGGACCUGGAACUUGUGUGGAAUGCAAACAGGCAACAAAAUCCCAAGAUCCCUAGAAAGCUAACGUUUUGUGUCAUUGUAUAG